AUGACAAAGCUUUCGUUUCUUUCCAUACUGACGCUGAGUCUCCAGCUCAUGAACAUGAUGACGCAUGUUCUUUGCCAGGAUGCGCCUCUGUUUAUACAAGGCGGCCUGGAGGGCGCAACGGCCGAUGACGACACUUACAAUACUGGUGGUUUCAUUCAACUCAACGGCUUCAACAUCCAGGUACCAAAGAACAUGUUGGUUCAGUUUCCUGCCGCCUACGUGCCCUGGAAGGACUUUGUCGAAGAUAAAACCGCGAUGAUGGGGUACGAAAUCAACGUUAUUGGCAACUUUAUCAACAAUGUCCCAAUUGCAGCGCAAAUCAUCGCCUACGAAUUCUUUGAAGGACUCUCCAGUGGAUUCAUCGAAUCUGUGAACUUCAGCGAAGGAACUCUCCAGAUCGCUUCUGGUCCAACCCUGCGAAUCAGCGACCCCAAUGCGGUCUUUUCCGUUGGAUACACUGGCGCCCCAUUCUUUACCGCGGAUGACGAAAGCCCGAGCAUUAGUUCGUUUUCUGGUUUCCCGAUGUGUAUACCACGCAAUGCUUCAGAUCCCCUGUGUCCGUCAACCAACAGACCAUUUCAGGGAUCUGGAACCUUUACUGUGGCAGACCCAUUGCGGAUGGCUCCUUUCCUCGCGGGAGAUUUUGUCACCUUCUCCGGUAUCCGGAGGGGCAACGAGAUGAUUUGCUUCAGCAUAGUUGCCCAGAAUGUGCAAAUCACCACGCUGCAAGAUCUUGUGUAUGUUCGUAUGGAACUUGGUCUUCUUGGGAUUGAUAACUUCAACCUCAACACCGAGCUAGCCGAAUCUCGGUUCGUUGGCUUUGUAUCCAACUCCGCGGCCACUGUUGCUCUCUAUGCCAUGGAUUACGACCCGUGCACAGGAGCUGUGACCGAUCGCAUUGUGGCCGCAAUGGGUUUGAAGGGUGGACGUAACGAGCAGAACAAAUUUGAGUAUCGUGCAGAUAUCACGCAAGGUUACGCCAGGGACUACCGCGUGGUCGCCGAGAUCAAUGGCAUCCCGAAGACUCGAACCACAAAGAACGGGCUAUUGGCAGGAACAUAUGUUCAGCCUGUUAACGUUUGGGUCCAUGCUGAGCAGUUGACCCCCGGAACUCAGCCCCCGGCGUACGACUUCUCGCAAAUGCCAUGGUUGACCAACGGGGUUGGUGUUGAUGAGUUCGGCAACCUCUGGGGUCCUCUUGACCCCUUCCCGCAGACCGGUAUCUUGAUCGAUCCUCCAGUUUGUGGCUCUGUCUCUGCUUUGUCAUUCAAAGGCGACGAGGUCAAGACUGACUGGGCUCCAUCCUACACUCUGAUGAACCAAACUCUCCCGGAUAACUCGACCUCAACGACCAACACUACGAUCAGCCCGGCCACUGCCGAGGCUAGUCCCAUUGCAAAGAGAGCCCCUAAUGUCCGUUGGCUGUCAAGAGCCCGCCUUGACGCGACUACUUUGCCAGCUGGCGACCCCCAAUUGAUUCAAGUCUCUGUUCCUCAACCCGAAUAG